AUGAUGCGGUUUGCCUUCUUUGCUCUCCUCGUCUCAAGCGCAGUCUUCUUGCGCGGUGUCGACUCCGUGUCGGGCCCUUCGGACUCGGCCGCAGGUAUGGUGGAGACACAGUUCACAGCGACGACAGCUGACGACAGAGUGGCAUUGGAGAAGGACGAGGAGAUACUUGUCGAGCUAAGAGGGUACCUGGACGCCCUGGCGAAGAUGUGGCGUCGGGUCAUAAAGGUCUCUACAGGGGGCGCAAGAGCGGCAGAAGACGCGGCGAGUCAUGUGAGGCCAUCUUUCGAGCAUGGCGGGAAGUCGUUUAAGGCGACGCCGAUCCAGCGAAAAGCUAUGAGGACGUAUGCCAGGAAGAACCCGUACAAGUGGCUUGCUGUGGCAUACUACAUAAGGGCCUGUUACUGCAUUGUGGCGGGCGCGAUCAUUCUGUACGGCGCGUACUAUUACGGGGCGCGCCCGUAUGGGAUUGGUGGCCCGGGACGCAACAAAAACUGA